AUGUGCGGGCUCGGCGUUCGCAUGAGCCCCAAGGCAACGAUUUUCAGCACGAGCGAGGCGGCGUGCGACGUGUACGAUGCGGGCGACGACGCCGGCGAGUGCACGUGGGCGUCGCUGCCGCCCGAGCUGCUGCGCGACGUGAUCGCACGCGUGGAGGCGAGCGACAGCUCGUGGCCCGGCCGGCGCAGCGUCGUUGCGUGCGCGGGUGUCUGCCGCUCUUGGCGGGAGCUUACUCGGGAGCUGCGGCAAUCGCAGGGGUCAUACGAGCCGUCGGGGCAAAUAACGAUCUCCGACGAGCUGAGGAAGCCCCGGCCGGGGCCGGCACGUUCGCGCAUCCACCAUCCCCACUUUCUCCCAUCCCCUCUUUCCCGCUUCCCCAUCUCCCCCCUUCCUCCCCUUCCGCGCAUCCCGCCCUUCCCCCGAUCCCACCUUCCGCCCAUUUCUGCCCGAGACAGCGAGCUGCUGCAAUCCCAGGGCUCGUACGAGUCGUCUGGGCAAAUAACCUUUCCCGACGAGUUAAGAACGCCAGGGCCGCGCGACCGCUGCGUGGAGUGCUUCAUUCGCCGCUCGCGCAAGACCGGCACGUUCACGCUGUUUCUGGGCGUGCCGCCGAAUUCGACGGAGAACGGCAAGUUCCUGCUCGCGGCGCGCAAGUGCGGCUGGCGGCCGUCAAGCUGCAUCGGCAGCCCCUUCCCCGGAAGCAGCGCGCACAGCUGCGGGGGAGGCGCAGGUGGGGGAAGCAGCGGGGGGAUUGGCGGGGGAAGCGGCGGGGGGAGCGGGGGAAGCGGGGGGAGUAGCGGGCCGGUGGUGUCUGUAGCAUAUGCGCUGAACGUGCUGGGGGUGCGCGGACCUAGGCGCAUUCUCUGCACUCUUCACCAGGUCCCCGCGGGCGCGGCGGUCACUGGCGGAGGGGGAAGCGGGGCGGCAGGCGCGGGGCGAGGCGCGGGAGGGAAGGCGGGGAGAGGAACGGGGGAGGAAGCGGGGGGGGGAAGGGGGGAGGGGAGGUCGUUGGCAAGGGGGACAAGUGGGGGGAGUGGGCGGGGAUGGGGGGACGCUUCCGCGGUAGCGGAGGCAGCGGGGGAGGGGGCCAGGCGGGCAGCUGCAGCGGCAGCUGAUGUUGCUGGCACCGCCGCCGCUGCUUUAGGCUUAGAUCCCGUUAUAGGCACGUCCGAUAUAGGCACGUUACGAAGCCCGCGUCCUGCCACCCUUCCUCCCGUUACAACCUCUGAUAGAAGCUCCGUUUCAACUCCUCCCGUUACAGUUCCCCCUAGCACCCCUCCCCCUGCUACCCCUUCCCCCGCAACUGCUGCCGUCCUAGCCGCUGGUGCUGCCGCUGCUGCCGCCACCUCCCCGCUCCUCUCCUCCCUCUUCCAUUCCAACCGCUAUAGUCACACUCGCUACAGUAACCACUCGUGCGAUCUCCCAGAGGAACAAAAAUCGGAUGAGCAAGCACCUGGCCAAUCCCAGCCUCCCACGUUUACCUCCUCUUUCACCCCUUCCCCGCUUCCCCGCCCCUCCUGGCCCUCAUCCCCCGCUUCUUCCCCCUCCGCCGCCCACCCUGCUGGCGCAACCUCCGCCCCGCCCCACUUCCCCGCCUCUUCCGCCCUCCACUCCCCCGCUUCCCCCCCUGACGUGCUAAUUGCCCCCACAGGCUCCUCCGCUUCUCCCUCCCCUUCCGCUUCCGCCUCAGCCGCUCCCCCCUGCCCCGCUUCCGCCUUCCCCCCUUGCUCGAAGCUUCCCUCUUCCGCGCUGUCUUCCGCCUCCCCCGCCGCCCGUUCUUGCGCAUACAGGCUCAGUGGGGGGAAGGGGGAGGCGGGGGGGAUUGUGAAGAGUGGGGAAGAGAUGAGCGCAGGAAACGGAGUGGUGGGGCGCAGUGGAAAGGAGAGUGAUGAGCAGCAGAGCGGUCGGGAAGAAGGAAGUCAAGCAGAGGGCAGGUGGGAGAAGAGGAAUCAAGAGGAAAGCAGUCCAGAGGACGGGAGUUUAGAGGAGGGGAAUCGGCAGGAGGGGUGUGGGCAUUGGCGGACAGACGGUGCGUGUGAGCAGCAGGAGAGCAGUGGAGAGAGGAGGAGUGAGCAGGCGGGCCAGCAGCAGGGCUGGUUGCAAGGCGGAGCGGCUCUAGAGCCCAUGGUGUUGCGGAACAAGCCACCCAGAUGGCACGAGCAGCUGCAGUGUUGGUGCCUUAACUUCCGAGGGCGAGUCACAGUCGCUUCGGUGAAGAAUUUCCAGCUGAUAGAAGGAGGCGGGCCGGGCAACGACUCUGAUAAGCCGGUGUUGCUGCAGUUUGGCAAGAUUGGGAAAGAUACGUUCACCAUGGAUUACAGAUACCCUCUUACAGCGUUCCAGGCGUUUGCCAUCUGCCUGAGCAGCUUUGAUACCAAAGUGGCGACCGGCGCAGGGGGAGGGUUGGGGGAAGGGGGAAGCGCAGGGGGCGCGGAGGCUCCGGAAGGUGCGGCAGCGAGCGGUGCUGCUGGCGGAAAGGUUGGCGGAAGGACUGGCGGAGGGGUUGGCGGAGGGGCAGGAGGAAGCGCGAGCGGGGGGAAAUCCGCGGGCGGAAGGAAGCGGAGGGGCGGAUUGGCGGUGGGGUUGGCGGAUCUAGAGCAAGGGCGGGUGUUUAAGCAAGGCGCGCCGUGCGAGUGCCAGGCGGCCAUCCAUCACUUAGUUAACAACUGCUUAGCGUGUGGCAAGAUCGUGUGCGAGCAGGAGGGCGAAGGGCCGUGUAAGUUCUGCGGCUUUUUGGUGCUUAGAGGGUCUGAUAGUAUGGGGGAUGCGGCUCCAGGGGUGGGAAUGGAGGGGGAAUGGGAGGAAUGGGAUGAGGUGGGAGGAGUGGGAGGAGCAGCAACAGGGACAACGGAAGCUGAGGCGAAGGCUCUAGCGUUUAGGGAUAGACUGGUGGAGUAUAAUCGUACGUCGGCCCAACGGACGGUGGUGAUCGACGAUCAGAGUGAUUAUUUCAAAUCCAACGGGGCAGAUGGGGAUGAGGAUGCUUGGCUGACGAAUGAGGAGAGGGAGAUUUUGAGGAGGAGAGAGGAGGAGAGGGAGAGGGAGGAGGAGGAGAGGAGGAGGAGAGUGGUUGUUACGCUCGAUCUGAUUGGACGACGGGUUCUCGUGGCGGAUAGCGCUGGGGCUGACGUGGCAGGUGGUGGAGCUGACGCGGCAGGGUCUGCGGGAGCCAAAUCAGGGCAGGAAGGUUCUGAGGAGCAGACAAAGGGUGCAAGUAGGGGGGCGAACGGGAAACCAGGGGGAGGUAGAACUGGUGUAGGCAGUAUCUUCCUGAUGAGAGGUCAAGGAGGCCAAGGAGACAAGGAGCAAGGAGAGAUGGAGCAGAUCCCUACAGUGAAGCAGGAAGUGGUUUCAGGGAUAAAAGUGCUUAUAAAGGGGGAAGGUGGCGGAGGGGGAGGUUCGGCAGCGGGUGGUUCGGGCCGAACCCAGCUCAUGCCGAGCCCAAACCUUCCAAUUGCAGCUCCGGUGUUUGUUAAACCAAGCAGUACUAAUAGCAGUACCAAUGGUGCUGGUGCUGGUGGUGCUGGUGCUGGUGGUGCUAGUACAACUGAUGCUACUGGGCAGGGCAAGAAGGGGAGCAAGGGGAAGAAGGGGCAGCAGGAGCAGCACCAUGGGAAGGAACAGGAGAGUGACAGAAGGAGAGGUGCUUAUAAGGAGGGCAUGGCGAGGCUUCAGCAUGACUCCCCACUGAUGGAAGCAAUGAGAGAGAUAGAGGAGGAGGUGGGGGGGAGGAGUGGGUGGGGCGGGAACAGAAGGAUUGAUAAGGAGAGGGGUUCGAGAGGAGGUGGGAUGGGGAGUCAUGGAGUGGGGUAUAGAGGGGUAUCAGUAGGUGAAGGGGGGGGUAGGGGAGGGAUUGGGAGAGGGGCGGCAGGAGGGGGAUUGGAUUCUCGGGAGAAUCGAGAUAGGGAUGGCCCGUGUGGUAUCCCUGCUGACCUGGCAGGGCUUGCUGACCUGGCAGACGAUGAAGCUGACGUGGAUGGGAGGUUUGACAUCUGUGUGCAGAUGGACCAGCAGGGAGGGUUGCUGAGAGGAGUGGGGGGGGUGAGGGGAGGGAGGGGGGUGAAAGCUGGGAUUGAUGGGGGGAGAGGGGGAGUGUUGCAGGAUGGGGUGGUGUUGCUUAAGGGAUGGCUUACAAGGGAGCAGCAGGUAAAUUAG